AUGGAAACAGCCGAGGAGGCAAUAUCGGCCGCUAAGGAGCAAUCCUUAAUUCUUAAAGGGAAGCGGACUAAGCGGCAACGUCCGCAGUCCCCAAUCCCUUUCUCUAUCGAGCCUCCUAUGUCUUCUCAAGAAAGAGAUGUCCAAGAAGAGUCCACUAGUCUUGUUUCCAAGGAGAAGAGUCUCAAUGAUGAGACCAACAACAACAGCAACAAGAAAGAUAACAAUAUUUUGAUCAAUGGUGUGACAUCUUCAUCUUCUGCCUCUUCUUCUUCCAACAACAAUGCCACAUUAAAGGCCGCGGCUGACGAGGAGGAUCAAGAUAUGGCCAAUUGUUUGAUCCUCCUCGCCCAAGGUCACUCUCUUCCCAACCAUAACCGAAACUACCAGCAACCGCACCCGCAACAACAAACAAGACAACUUAUGAUAAGUUACCAAGAACCUGGUCACAACAACAGCAAUUCGUAUAGACCUAGCAGCAGGAGGUUUCUAGAGACAUCUUCACCUAACGGGACAUCAACUAACGGCGGUGGAGGCAGAAGCGGUUACUAUGUUUACCAAUGCAAAACAUGUGACCGGACUUUUCCUUCUUUCCAAGCUCUUGGUGGCCACAGAGCCAGCCACAAGAAGCCUAAAGCCGCCGCGGGCCUUCACGCUGAUCAUGACCUCAAGAAAUCUAUCUACGACGACGCAGCUUCUCUUCAUCUCAACAACGUACUAACCACAACUCCUAACAACAAUAGUAACCAUAGAUCGCUUGUGGUAUACGGCAAAGCGAGUAAUAGUAAGGUCCAUGAAUGUGGGAUAUGUGGAGCUGAAUUUGCAUCCGGACAAGCCUUAGGAGGUCACAUGAGACGCCAUAGAGGCGCCGUGGUGGCCGCUGCAGCAGCAUCAACCGCGACAGUAGCGGUUGCGGCCAUUGCGGCUACUGCAAACACGGCUUUGUCAUUGUCGCCUAUGUCGUUUGAUCAAAUGUCGGAUGGUCCGGUUCAUCCGAUUCAGGCUCCGGUUAAGAAACCGAGGAGUGCGGUUGUGUCGUUAGAUUUAGAUCUGAAUCUACCAGCCCCAGAAGAUGAGAAUCGGGUCAACGGAUUAAGCUUUGCUUCGAAACAAGAACAAGAACAAACACAACAGAAGCAACAGAGAGAAGAACAAAAGUCCCUUGUUUUGUCUUCUGCUCCUACAUUGGUGGAUUGCCAUUACUGA